AUGGCGCUCAAGAGACUCGUCAACAUCGAAAGAAAAAUGAGACGCGACGUGGACUUCGCGCGGGCCUAUAAGGGAUUAAUGGAUGAUUACGUCAAGAAGGGGUAUGCACGACGACUGGAGCCCCAGGAAGUCCAGAGGUUCCAGGAAUGCAAGAUAUGGUACCUGCCGCAUUUUGGGGUGGAAAACCCGAACAAACCUGGAAAAAUCCUGCUGGUCUUCGACGCGGCUGCCAAGGUGAACGGCUUGUCCCUCAAUUCAGCGCUACUGAAAGGCCCACAGCGCUACAAGCCACUCCCAGCAGUGCUCUUCCAUUUUCGGGAAGGAGCAGUUGGGGUUUGUGCAGACAACAAGGAGAUGUUUCAUCUGAUGCAGCCACAAGAUAGAGGUUCCCAGAGGUUCCUGUGGAGGAACGGAGAUGACCAGCGGGAGCCGGACACAUACGAGAUGCAAGUGAUGACGUUCAGAGCAGCUUGCUCACCAUGUUCGGCGGACUAUGUGAACACCUUGAAUGCCUCGCAGUACAGCAGCACGGGCCCGCAAGCAGCCCUGGCCAUCAAGGAAUACCACUACGUAGACGACUACGUCGACAGUUUCCCCAGUGAAGAAGAAGCUAUCGCCGUUUCGACACGGGUGAGAGAAAUUCAUGCAGAUGCAGGAUUUGACUUGUGUCGAUUAACUUCCAGUUCGGCAAAUGUGGUCAGAGCACUUGAAUCCAUAGCUAGCGUCAAAAGGACCGAAGCUGAGGAGAAGGCUAUACCGGCUAUAGAUCACUUCAAGUUCGGCAUCAAAUACCAUCGAGUCCCGAAAAUCGUGAAGACAGGGGAACGCGUCCCUACCAAGAGGGAGUUCCUAAGCCUGGUCAUGUCCACGUUUGACCCGAUUGGGUUCCUGAGCUGCUACAUGGUGACUGCCAAAUUCCUGAUAUGUGCGCAUGCCCCAACCGAAGAAAAGGACGAUGUCACCAAGGAUGCUUUCUAUGCGGAGCUCGACCGGGCUUACGGACGCUGUCCUUCCCAUGACAUUAAGAUCCUCCUUGGGGAUUUUAAUGCCAAGGUAGGGCGAGAAGACAUCUUUGGUGCCACCGUCGGGCAAUUUAGUCUACACGAGACCACCUCGAGCAAUGGUCUCAGAUUAAUAGGCUUUGCCGCAGCGCAUAAUAUGGUAGUUCGUAGUACUGGGUUUCGUCAUUUGGACAUACACAAGGCAUCAUGGCUCUCUCCUGAUCGACUGACCAGAAAUCAGAUCGAUCAUGUUGUGAUCGAUGCAAGGCAUGCAUCUAACGUACUCGACGUGCGAUCCUGUCGGGGUCCCAACAUCGACUCCGACCAUUAUCUUGUUGCAGCUAAGAUUCGCACACGGCUAUGUGUUGCGAAGGUUGCACGUCGAGGACUGUUGAGAAAGCUGGACAUCGGGAAGCUGCAAUCACAACGGACAAGGGAUGCAUUCUCCACUCAAGUCACAGGCCUACUGAGCCGAGCAACUCCAACACCUGAAGACAUCAGCAAUAUGUGGGCACUCAUAUCCCACUCCCUGCGAACUUCUGCAGAAGAGGUCGUCGGAUUCCAACGUACCCCAAAGAGGAAUCCAUGGUACGACCAGGAGUGUCGCGACGCAACAGCUGCAAAAGACGCCGCCUACGGAAGAACACUGCAAGCUGGGGCCACAAGGGCUGUUGUCGAGGUCUACAGGUCAAGGAGGAGAGAUGAGAAACGCCUCUUCAGACGCAAGAAGAGAGAACAGGAGAGGCGUGAGUGUGAGAGCAUUGAGAGCAGCAGAGACCGGAAUGAAGCUCGUAACUUCUACCAGAGGGUUAAGCGUCUGACCCAAGGUUUUAAGACUGGAGGAGUUGCGUGCAAGGACGAUGACGGAAACCUAAUCACAGAUGCAGAGAUUGUGCUGAGGUUAUGGAGGGAUCACUUCUCAAGUCUAUUAGCUGGCUCUGGCCAUGAUGACUAUGGAGAGUAUGAUCCACAAACCCCAAUCUAUGGUACUGAUGUGGACGUACCGACCCCGAGCCAUGCCGAAGUCAAGGAUGCAAUCCAACGACUUAAAAACAAUAAAUCCGCAGGUGCUGACGGCCUGCCGGCUGAAUUGUUUAAGGCUGCUGGUGAUAUGUUGGUAGGGAGCAUGCACAAACUAAUCAGCAAGAUAUGGCUUACGGAGAGCAUGCCCGACGAUUGGAACCACAGCAUGAUCUGUCCUAUCCUGAAGAAGGGUGAUGCCACAUUGCGCACCAAUUACCGUGGCAUUAGUCUUCUUCCAGUCGCAUACAAGGUCCUUACGAGCGUACUGUGUGAAAACCUGAAACCCCAUGCCGAAGCACUGAUUGGACCUUAUCAGUGCGGGUUCAGGCCUGGCAAAUCCACUAUUGACCAGAUUUUCACCUUGCGCCAAAUCCUGGAGAAGUCCUGCGAAAAUCAGAUCGACACAUAUCACCUCUUCGUCGAUUACAAGGCAGCAUUCGAUAGUCCCCGGCGAGAUCGCCUAUAUGCCGCCAUGUCUGAGCUUGGUAUACCAGCAAAGCUAAUACGGCUUUGCAUGAUGACAUUGAGCAACACCAUCAGCUCUGUCAGGGUAGGAAAUGACCAAUCUGAAACCUUUUAUACCAAGUGUGGUCUCAGACAAGGCGACUCGCUGUCUUGUAUGCUCUUCAACAUUCUAAUGGAGAGUAUUAUAAGGAAGGCUGGUGUGCAUCGGACGGGCACUAUUCUAACAAACAGAUGUGUCCAACUCCUUGGCUACGCUGAUGAUAUUGAUAUCAUUGGCCGAACCAAGCGUGAUGUUACAGCAGCCUUCGGGGCUAUUGAAAAAGAGUCAGCUAAAGUAGGACUGGCAGUUAACAUGGAUAAGACAAAGUUUAUGGUGUGCUCUAGCAGGGAAUCGCGGCGUCUUGAUUCCCAGCUAUCUGCAGGAAGCCAUAGCUUUGAGUCCGUGAAGGAAUUCAUUUACCUUGGAUCUGCAAUAUCUAGCACAAAUGAUGUCAGCCUGGAGAUUAAGCGGAGAAUCACACUUGCCAACAGGUGCUACUUUGGGCUCAGUAGGCACUUUAACAGUAGAGCUCUCUCUCGACCGACAAAAAUAACACUCUACAGGACGCUCAUUCUUCCAGUACUCUUAUAUGGUGCGGAGUGCUGGACAGUGGUACAAUCCGAUGCAGCUGCUCUUGGAGUGUUCGAGAGAAAGAUUCUCCGCAAAAUCUUUGGUCCAAUCUGCGUUGGCGAUGCUUAUCGCACCAGAUGGAACCACGAGCUGUAUGAGCUGUACGGGGAUGUUGAUAUAGUAAGCCGAGUCAAAAUUCAAAGACUCCGCUGGCUGGGUCACAUCGCCCGUAUGGAAGAAGACGCUCCGGCUCGUAAGGUAUUUGAUGCGGUAAUCGUCGGAAAACGGAGGAGAGGACGACCCCGGAUACGUUGGCAGGACCAGGUGAUGGAAGCCCUGUCUACAUCUGGUGUUACCAACUGGCGAGCGCGGGCCCAGGACAGGAAAGCGUGGAGGCAGAUUGUGCAACAGGCUGUGACCCGAUAG